CCGUCCCCAUCACCAAUGCUCACCUGUCAGCAAAGACCAAUGGGAGGAGCCCCCAGAUCACUUACCAGAUAACACGGCCCCCCGACAUGGGCAUCUGCUCAUGGGAAACCAGGCGGCCUUCAGCUUCGGACAGGAGGAUCUGGACGCCGGAAGACUCUCCUACCACAUGACCGACGUCGCUGCCUCUGAGGACCAGCUCCAGCUCUCCCUGUUUACGUCGGAAAGCAACCUGACGGGACGAGCGCUGAGCACCCGCAUGCAGCCCCUGCUGCGGGCUCCGUCCAACCUGACCGUGGUCGACGGAGUCCCUUACCCGCUGAGACGGGAGGACCUCGAUGCCACUGAGCUCGCUAACAGGACUAACAGUAAUCCCAGAUUUGAAGUGACCGACCCCCCCACCCACGGAAGACUUGUUCAAAGAGUGGGCCGUGGCCCUGCGGUGGAGGACACCACCCUCUUCACCCAGAGGGACGUUGACCACGGGCUGGUGCUGCUCCAUCCGCACGCCAGCCUCGUGGGCGCCGGGGUGCUCAGGGACUCCUUCACCAUCCUGCCCAGGGCGGACCGCGUGCAGCCAGCAGUCGGCUACCUUCCCUUCACCAUAGUGCCACCUGACGCCUUGCUUUGGCAAACGCUCUGCCCCGACGUUUCUCUGUUAGUCACCGCAGAUGACCUUGUGACGUCAGCUCUGCCUCAGGAAAAGCCUGUGGUUUCCUCAGGACCCAUGACGCAGACAAAGAGUCUGGGGAAACUGACCCAGACUAGACGGCAGACAGCAGGCCCCUGGGGACGCCACAGCGGUGAAGGCCCAGCUGUGGAUGGCAAGGCCUCUCCCGCCAGGGUCCUUUGGCCACCUGCUGCCACCAAAGCCAGCCCUGGGGCACCCACCCAGCCCAGGGAGAGCAGUUACCCUCUGAUGGUCAUCGUACCCUUGGCUGCCGUGAUCUUCCUGCUGACAGUAACCUUGGUGGCCUUGUGUGUCUGGCUGCUGGGCCAAAAGGUAGAAAAGGCAAAACCUCUUAUCGAGCCCCAGGCCAGUCCAGAACCUCUAACCCCAAGUCCCAGGCCAGAAAGGAGCACAACCGUGCCCACUGUCACAGUGACGCCUCUCCUACAGAGCUCCCGCAGUCCCCCAGGCAGUCUUUUCAGGGCCCUGCCACCCGAGGAGGUGGCCUCCCCGGUCACUGAGGCAGUGGGAAGAUGUGCCUCUUGGGACACGUGGGGGAAUCUGGAUCCGGACACGGUCCAGCUCUGCCGACAAACCAACCCGACACUGAAGCACAACCAGUACUGGGUGUAG